AUGACCUCCAAGAUCCGUCUCGUCCCUCUCCUCGCGGUAGCAACAGCCGCUGCCUUUGGCUAUGCGAAGAUCACGGACGAACCUACAACACGAAUCCUUGCGGUAGCCUUGACCACCACCGUCUUUCUCUACUCGGUGGUCUGGUUGAGCUGGCUACACCCCUUCUACUUCUCAGAGCUACGACACGUACCCACCGUCCCUGGCUUCCCCCUCUGGGGUCAUUUCUUCUCCAUCAUUACCGAGGAGUGCGGCGUGCCUCAGAGGCAGUGGCACAAGGACCAUGGCCCCAUCAUUCGCUAUUUCUUCCCCUUUGGCUCGGAAAGGCUCUCGAUAGCCGACGACGAGGGCCUCAAGCAAAUGACGCUCAAGAAUCCCUACAACUACCCCAAGCCCUUGCGCGCCAAGCUGUGGAUGGUCCGCAUUCUCGGCGAAGGAAUCCUUCUGGCCGAGGGCCAAGACCACGCCAACCAGCGGAAGCCCCUCUCAGCGGCAUUCUCCAUAUCGGCCAUCCGGUCUCUCAUGCCCAUCUUCUGGGAAAGGUCCCUCACCAUGGCCAAGCUGUGGGGGCAGGAGAUGGAGCGAGCCAACGAGACGACCCGGUCGUUUGAGAUCCUGGAAUGGCUCAACCGGUGCACACUGGACAUCAUCGGCAAGGCCGGCUUCGGUUACGACAUCCAUUCGCUUGAGGAUCCUGAAGUGCCCAUCCGCCAGGCGUACCGUCUGGUGUUCAACUUUGACCUGGUCUCGCGGGUGCUCCACGGCAUCCAGGCCUUCUUCCCGCAAUCCCAGCAUAUCCCAGCCCAGAUGAACCGCGACAUCAACAAGUCCCGGAACAUCAUCCUCCAGAAGGCGACCGAGAUCCUCACCGAGAAGCUUGACGACGCUGAAAACAACGCGCGGACCAAGGACAUCUUGGGACUCAUCGCCAAGGAGAACAAGAAGCUCCGGGAGGCGGGCGAGCCCGGCCUGAGCUUCAAGACGAUGCGCGACCAGGUCAUGACGUUCCUCGGCGCGGGCCACGACACCACAGCGACGGGUGUGGCCUGGACGAUCCACCUACUCACAACACACCGGGACGUGCAGAAGCGGCUGCGCGACGAGAUCCGCGAGUACAUGCCCUUCCUCUUCGACCCGGCCCGGCGCUACAACGAGGCCGAGCUUGCGACAGCCGACCCGGACCAUUUGCCCUAUCUGGACAAGGUGUGCCGCGAGUCGCUGCGCUUUAUCCCGCCUAUCCCCAUGACGGUGCGCGAGUCGGUCGAGGAGGACCGGCUGGGCCCUUACAAGAUCCCUGCAGGCACCGUCGUCUACAUCCUGGCAAACACCAUCAACCGGCUUCCCUCGUACUGGGGCGACACGGCCGACGAGUUUGAUCCGGACCGCUGGGACAAUCUCCCGUCGACCGCCGUCUCCAACGCCUUCAUGACCUUUUUGCAGGGCCCGCGGGGAUGCCUCGGCCGCAAGUUCGCCGAGACCGAGAUGAAGAUUAUUCUUUGCUCUCUGCUCAGCAUGUACGACUUCCGCCGCGACCACGACAGCCCCGACCCGGAGAAGUGGAAGAUGUGGCGGCUUGUGCUGCGGCCAAAGGACGGCGUAACGGUCAAGGCGACGAAGUUGUUGUAA